AUGAUUAUUCCAGUCAGAUGUUUUACAUGUGGCAAAGUGGUAGGAAACGUAUGGGAUCAAUACCUUCAAAUCUUACAAAGUGGAGUUUCAGAAGGUGACGCGAUGGACGCUUUAGGUUUGAAGAGAUAUUGUUGUCGUCGAAUGGUUUUGACUCAUGUGGAUCUUAUUGAAAAAUUACUACAAUACAAUCCUUAUGAGAAACGGUCUGAUAGGGCUUAA